UUUACAGUAACAUUUUUAAACGUAUAAAACCAACCUCCUUUGAGAUUUCAGCAUUCGCAGAAUUUUGACAGUAAGCAAAAUUUGUCAAGCCGCGAAUCCACCAGUGAAAUUUAUAGAGAAAUUCUUCUUCGUGCCCCAAAAUGGCGUUGGCGAGAAUAGCUAGAAACGGUUGCCAACAAUCCAGAGGUGCAGCAGGUAGAUAUGCUAUAGUAGGGAACAUGCUCGGUGAGGAAUCAUCAUCAGUGAGCAAGUCUCAUUCACCUUUCAGUGGGAGAUUCACAGCUUUCAACCAAAAUGUCACACCAUAUAGCAGCAAUCUCCCGUUUUUCUCGACCACUGGUGGGCUUCCCACUGCAGCUCUUGGCAGUAGGGGGCUGAGGACAACUCCUCGAUAUGAAUAUGCUCACGCACAAGCUGCAGUCGAGGAAUCUGAUUCAGAAUGUGAGAAUCUUAAGUAUCCUACCCUUGAAGCAACAAAGCCCGGUGAGAAGCCUCGGGUGGUUGUUAUUGGCAGUGGGUGGGCAGCGUGUCGAUUCCUUAAAGGGCUCAACACCAAGGUAUAUGAUGUUGUCUGUAUAUCGCCUAGGAAUCACAUGGUCUUCACACCUUUGCUUGCCUCAACUUGCGUCGGAACCUUGGAGUUCCGUUCAGUAGCUGAGCCUGUUAAUCAGAUCCAGACAGCUUUAGCAAAGGAACCAAACUCGUAUUUUUUCCUUGCUUCAUGCAAUGGUCUUGACACGGACAAGCGUGAAGUGCUCUGUGAAACAGCAGCUGAAGGUGGAGAGACACACCGAUUCAAAGUCGCGUACGACAAACUGGUAAUUGCUUCAGGAGCCGAACCAGUGACCUUCGGCAUCAAGGGAGUCGAAGAACAUGCUUUCUUUCUGCGAGAGGUCUCUCAUGCGCAGGAAAUAAGGAAGAGGCUUCUUCUAAACCUGAUGCUCUCUCAAUAUCCAGGCGUGUCAGAGGAAGAAAAGGAGAGGCUACUGCACUGUGUUGUGAUUGGUGGAGGACCUACUGGUGUGGAAUUUAGUGGAGAGUUGAGUGAUUUUAUUAUAAGAGAUGUUUGCCAGAGGUAUGCUCAUGUCAAAAACUACAUACAAGUGACUCUCAUUGAGGCAAAUGAAAUUCUAUCAUCAUUUGACGUCGGAUUAAGGCAAUAUGCAACAAAGCACUUAACAAAGUGUGGUGUGCGCCUUGUGCGUGGGGUCGUUAAAGAGGUGCACCCGAAUAAGAUAGUUCUCAGCGAUGGAAGCGAUGUUCCCUAUGGUCUCCUAGUCUGGUCUACCGGAGUUGGUCCCUCGAAACUUGUAAAGUCACUCUUGCUCCCCAAGGCUCCCGGUGGAAGGAUUGGUAUCGAUGACUGGCUUCGAGUCCCAUCAGUGGAAGAUGUGUUCGCCAUUGGUGACUGCGCUGGAUUUGUUGAAGGGGUCGGGAGGCCAGUGCUUCCCGCUCUAGCUCAGGUUGCGGAGCGGCAAGGGAAGUAUCUAGUUGAGCUGUUCAACAGAGUAGGGAAACAGGGAGGAGGCAAGGCCUCGUCCGGCAAAGAUAUUCCCCUGGGUGACCCGUUUGUCUACAAGCAUCUCGGAAGCAUGGCGUCUGUGGGGCGCUACAAGGCCUUGGUCGAUCUCCGCCAGUCCAAGGAUGCAAAGGGUUUAUCACUAGCUGGCUUCCUAAGCUGGUUCAUCUGGCGCUCGGCCUAUCUCACGCGAGUGAUCAGCUGGAGAAACAGAUUUUACGUUGCCAUCAACUGGGCAACCACACUCGUUUUCGGCAGAGACAACUCCAGGAUCUAAUGUUGCAGCAUCUAAUGUUGCAGCAUCUAAUGUUGCAGCAUCUACCACAACUUGAAUUCUAUGAUGUUCUAUUUCUCUAUACUAUGUCCAAAAGAAAACACAUUGAGCAGCAGAAGCAUGCCCAUGUCAUAUAAACUAAAUAUUCACAAGUUCGAUAAAUUUAUAUCGUUAUGUCGUCACAA